AUGGCUUAUUGGAAUUGGAAUUGGGAAGAAGAUGGUUUCCGUUUUGUUGUGUGCAAUCCCGUCACGGGGAGGUGGGUGGAGCUGCCCCAUUCAACACGGACGCCGGAAAACAGAUUUAGCUGUACCGCAGGUCUGGCUUUUGAUCCUGCGGUCUCAUCCCAUUUCUACGUUCUUCACUUCGAGCAGAUCUUUCUAGGAUCUUACAUCACAGCAGUGAACAUCUACUCGUCGCGGACAGGAGCCUGGAGUCACAGCCAUAGAGGGAUGGUUGAGAAAGUGAUACUCUGCUCCUUUAGCAAGUAUGUGUUUGUUUGUGGUAUGAUGUACACGGUUGGCAGCCUGAACGACAAGCAUGAGUAUGUGCUGCUGGGGGUGGACAUGGAGGGGAAAGUGUGGAAGACUAUCCGCAUGCCGAACGGUCCAGGAAUUGGUGCAAUUGGAUUGUCGCAGGGGUGCUUACACUAUUCUGUAGAUUCCGUGGUUCCCAUCGAUGAUAACAAUGAAAGCCCAGUCUCUGAGAUAACACUAUGGUGCCUCAAGGAUCAUGACAGCAAGGAAUUAGUGCUGAAGCAUACCGCCAACACCAAUAAGCUUGUGAGCAUGACUGGGAAGAAGUACAGAGUGGUUGAGAUUCAUCCGCAUUGUGACACCAUUUUCCUGGUUACAUGUGGAGGUGAUACCUUGGUGGCAUAUGAUAUGCGGCAUCAGAAAGUUGGAUGUAUCCUUAAUCUUGAGAAAGACUGUAUACAAAAAUUUCUACCUUAUGUUCCUCUGUUCCAAAAACCAUUAGCAGAGGUUGACGAGCAGUAG